CUACGCAAAAAAUAGAAGCAUUCGAAACAAAAUGGCAAAGAAAAAUAAAAAUAAAACAAAAACAAAGCACUUGCGCUGGCGCUGGCACUGGCACUAGGGCUCAAAGUGGUAGAUUGAACAUGAUUCAGUAAAAAUAAAUGGAGAAUCGCUGCAAAUUCUGGCUUCCCAAAAAGAACAGAUUUUGUGCAAACGCCCCUCUCAACAAUUCCUUGUUUUGUGGCAAUCACACUCCAAGGAAAAAUGACCAGUGGAUCCCAUGUCCGAUUGACCCUUCACACUCUGUGCUUCAGGAAAACCUGGAAGGACACCUAAAGAGAUGCCCUUUACUUAAACAAGUUCAAUCUUUGAGCACCCAACCUUUCUACCAAAAGGGUAUUAAUGCUGGCAAAGAAGAUGAACAAGAAGAACAGGAAACCUUAAUACCCACUUCAGGGUCUUUCGAUAAUGUUACCUCUGAAAUGAAAAGAAAUGCUGUUUAUAACUUGAACAUACCAGAAUUCUUUGAACUGAUUAGAAAGAUGGAGUCAGUUCAUGCUCAAAUUUGUAAGGAUAUUAAAGACUCCUUUAAGAUACCUGAAGCUUGCGGCAUGUGGAUGAAGAGAGAAGUAGACAGGAAAUUACCAUUUCAAGAGAAGCAUGUUACACAACAGGCGUCAAUUCUUGGAAACUUGGAAGAAUUUGGGGUUUUGGAAAAUUCUGUUGGCAAGGAACAUUGUGAAUUUGGGGAGCUAGCUCAAAGUAGCAAUGUUUUUCCUGCAGUGGUUGAGUUUGGAGCAGGGAGAGGAUACUUGACACAAAUGCUUGCAGAUUGCUAUGGUAUUAGAAGGGUAUUUCUAGUUGAGAGGAAGUCCUACAAGCUGAAGGCUGAUCGGUCUUUGCGACAGAAAGAGAGCUUGAUAUUAGAGCGUUUGAGAAUUGACAUCGAGGAUCUGAACUUGAAUGCUGUUCAGCCAUUGCAAGGACUUCCUUAUAUAGCUAUUGGUAAACAUCUUUGUGGCACUGCAACGGACUUGACACUCAGAUGUUGCCUGGCAAAUCAAAGGAAUGUUGAGCGAUGUGGAGGUAAUUGUUACCUGAGAGGUCUUGCCAUAGCAACAUGCUGCCAUCAUCUUUGCCAAUGGAAACACUACAUAAAUAAAAAAUACUUAACGAGAUUGGGAAUUACUAAGGAAGAAUUCCAUGCAAUGACGUGGUUUACUAGCUGGGCAGUGGAUGCUGAUCAUGGUUCAGAUCUUUCUGAUGUUAGUGAUUUCAAAUUGCAUCCAGAAUCAAUUGAAAAGGAAGAAUGUACUGGGGAUGCAAACAGAGUCGAAAGCAUUGCAAGGAAUAUGAAAGCUAUUGACAGAGCAAAGUUAGGUUUUAUGUGCAAGCAGAUAAUUGAUAUGGGAAGGUUGAUGUGGGUCAAGGAACAUGGACUCGAAACUCAGCUUGUCAAGUAUGUGCCAUCAACCAUCUCUCCAGAAAACCAUUUAUUAGUUGCAAGAAAUGUCAUUCAUUUCUAGGAUGCCAUGGCUUUCUUCCCUUUUUCUAUUAUCCCCGUUCUAUAACUAAAACCAGAAAUUUUGUUUAAAUUUAUUGUUGUACCGACUUUAUAAUGUUUAGCAUGCCUUCUUUUUUUUUUUUUUUUUGAGAAUAUGCUUUAGAAUUUGUGAUCUAUUCAAAAAGCCUUCCAUUUUCUUCUUGUUAAUCUGUGAAAGUGAGGUUUAGGUAGCCGAUUAGUAUAUUCACGUUGAGCAGUAUCUGAUUACGUCUCUCUCAUCUGCUCAGCAAUUAUAGAAUGAGGUACAAAAACCACCAAGGUGGAGUUAAGCUCUACUAUUUAAGCUACAUGCCCUUUAUGCCUUGGUAUUUGAAAACUAUAAAAAGUAUUUAAUCUCUUCAAAUCAGCCAGACUAUGGGUAAAACUUGGCUGAAAUUUUUUGUUCAAGAAAUGUAAAAACCACCACAUAUGGAAAUUCUUUCAUUGUCAUCA